GGGUACGGGGAGCGGGGCCGAGUUGCUGGUCUUCGGCUACGCCUGCAAGCUGUUCCGGGAGGACGACCGGGCCCGCUUUCUGGAUCAGGGCCGCCACCUCAUCCCGUGGUUGGGAGACUCGGGGCUGCUGAUCGACAGGUCGGUGAUCCCCGCCGCUGAGAGCCCGCAACGACACCCAACCCCUCCCCCACCCCCAAAUCUACCUUCACCCACCUUUCCCCGAGUUACAGCCGUCAGCCGCACUCCAGGCAGUCUCAGGGUCCAGGCCGGCGCUAUGCUGUUGUAUUGAGGGAGCGCCGCACGGCUGGGAGGGGUUUGAUAUUGAGGGAGCGCCACAUGGCCGGGGGGAGAGUGAGGGAGCGUCACACAGUGAGGGGGUGCCAGCAGCUGGGGCCAAGGUGGUAUUGAGGGAGCACCGCACGGUUGGCAACGAGAUUGGCACAGAGGGUGUACAUAGCUGGUGGCUUGGGAAGAGCUGGUGCUGAAGGAGCAUAACACAGCCGACGAGGGGCUGCAGGGCGGCAGCAUCGCAGUGUCAGUAUUUUGGAUUAGGUGUUAGGGCCAGACUCCUGUCCGAUCAGGCAGGUGGACAUAUAUACAGAAAGGUGCUGGAAAAGGGUCAAUAACAUCAGGAUGAAUCCUACCCACCCUGCUCAUGGACCAUUUGUCCCACUCCCAUCAAGGAGCAGACUAUAUAGAAUCCACGCCAGGACCACCAGACUUAAAAACAGUUACUUUCCCCAAGCAGUAAGGCUGAUCAACACCUCUACACCCCUAACCACCACUACUUUAUCAUUUCCUGUCUGUCACCUUAUGUACAGACACGCCUAUACCUGGUGUCACUUUAUGAACAUACAAUCAAUCUAUGCAUAUAAGCUAUUUGAUGUGUUUAUGUUUAGUGUUUAUUAUUAUUCUUGUGUUCAUUAUUUUGUGCUGCAUCGAAUCUGGGUAACAAUUAUGUCGUUUUCCUUUACCCUGGUGUACAGGAAGUGACAUUAAACAAUUUUGAAUCUCUGGGAGAGCUAUAAGAACUUAGGGCCCUGAGUACUUGGAAGACCUGAACUUCGGACUGCUCCUUGCCGCCCUCACACACAGUGACACUGGGCUUCUAGUCCAGUGUUGAACUGCCAGCUAGCUGGAGUUUUUCCAGGGGUACAUCAGAAAACCUUGGGACUGAACCUACUCCAGAUCAGUCUGGUUGUAGGUACAGGGACUCCUUCCAUUUCAGUAGUGAGGAACAGCUGGAACAAUGUGUAUAAAUUCCAGGUGUUACCUUUCUUUAUGUGGAUUGAGGUAUGUUUAAAAUGUUUAACCAUUGGAUUGAAUCCACUUAAUUAGUUUGAUUUAAAAGAAAGCAUCAGCGGAUGUUUCCUUUAGUGGGUGAGUCUAGCACCAGGGGACACGGCCUCAGAACAGAGGAAUUUCUUUAGCCAGAGGGUAGUGAAUAUGGAAUUUGUUGCCUCAGACAGUUAUGGAGGCCAAGUCAUUGAAUAUAUUUACGGCAGAGGUUGAUAGGUUCUUGAUUGGUCAGGGCAUCAAAGGCUGCGGGGAGAAGGCAGAAGAAUGGGGUCGAGAGGAUAAUAUACCAGCCCUGAUGGAAUGGUGGAGCAAAUUCGAUGGUUGAGUGGCCUAAUUCUGCUCUGUUCUAUAUGGUCUAACAUUCAAUUUUUUUUAGUAAUUCUUAAAUUUAUUUACAAAUAAUAAAUAUAUAUUGGAAGUUCACAGACUUUCAUGGCCAUUUUGACAGUUUUGACGUAGGUACAUCAGGGCACAUGACUUAACUGAAAUUGGAUUAAGGAGGUGUAAGAAAACCCAAUACCAGGAGCUGGUAGAGCAGUGCUAGAGCUGGGUGGAGGGCACGAUGUGAACCUGUAGAGGUGUGUGUAGAGGUCUUGCUUGUAAUUACGGGGGUUGCAAAGAAAAGAGCCCUCAGGAUUGAUAAAGAAGCUGCUGAAUUGAGUCUCCAGAUGGCUGUGGCUCAAAGGGUGUGACCUAUGGACCAGUUCUGCUGGGACACAAGCCAGGGCCUGAUCAACCCUUGGCUGGGUCACCUGGGCAAGAGUAUCUGAUGUUGUAAGACCCAAAACACUCGACAACCCCAGAUUACAUCACUGACAAUGUGUCCCAGCAUAUCUUGGAAUGUAUCUCAGCAUCACCUUGCUGUCUAACCAUUUAUAGGAGCAGCGUUUGAGUUUUCAGACUUCAGCUGUGUGGGCCAGAGAGUCAGUAAACUAGGUGUCUUGCUGCUCACAGCCAGUGUGGAACUGACCCAAGAGUUAUGUGUUGCGCACAACAUGUUAGCAGAGCAGCCUUGAUGGGCUGAAUGGCUAAUUUUGCUCCAGGGUCUUACGGUCGUAAACAUCCCCUAACACUGAAGAAGAGCAAGGAAAUUUGACCCAGUGCACUGUCCUAUAUUUACCUCUUAAGCAAAACGAGUGAAGUUAGAUUCCAUUUGUCUAUCUUAUUUAUUUAGAUAUAGUGCAGAACUGGCCCUUCCUGCCCACCAACUGUGCCGCCCAGCAACCUAACUAUUUUUACAUUAGCCUAAUCACAGAUCAAUUACCAAUUAACCUACUAACAGGUCCAUCUUUGGACUGUGGGAGGAAACUGGAGCACCCGGAGGAAACCUACGCAGUCAUGAGGGAACGUAAAACUCCUUAAAGGUGCACAGCGGAAGGAAAGUAGAAACUUGCUUACCGAGAUCGCCGGAUUUGAGCUCAAGACCCAACGGUCCGAACUAACUGAUACUCUAUCAUGGUGCUCCAUGUGAGCUUCACUGCCCGGGUGUAAACCAACUUUGAUGUAUGUGAUGUCCCCACCACUAUUCUCAGAUGUCUUUCACUUUAGAACAUUUUAACAGCACUUUUCAUGACUGCAUGGCAGCGUAGCAGUAGGCACGAUGCUGUUAUAGGUCUCAGCAUCGGAGCUCAGCAUUCAAUUCCAGCGUCAUCUGUAAAGAGACUACACAUCCUCCUGUGGAAUGGGUGGGUUUCCUCCCACAGUCCAAAGAUGUACCGGUUAGUAGGUCAUUGUAAAUUGUCCUGUGAUUAGACCAGGAUUGGUGGAUUUCUGGGUGGCAUGGCUCACUGGGCCUAUUCUACACUGUAUUUCCAUAAAGAAAUAAAAUCAAAAAUGGAACUUUGUAUGUUCUUCAGCCAGCGGAGUAUUUUUCAAGUGUAAAUGUAAUGUCGGAAAUGUGGCAGUAAUUAGGCACACAGUAAGUUCCCACAUAUGUGAUGAUCACUGAGUGUUUUAUUUUAUAUAUUGCGAGGAAUAAAUAGUAACUAGGUCACCAUGGAGAAAUCUGGUUUUUGAAAGAGUUCCAAAGGGUUGUGUCAUCUCCCCGAGAGUGCAAACAGGACAUUGGUUUAACAGCAGUUCAGUAGUGGAGUGUAGCACACUCUCAAUACUUCACAGGAAUGUUGGCCUGAAUUUUGUGCACAAAUCCUUGGAGUGUGGCACGGCCUCUCAAUCUUCUGAAAUUAAAACAGAAGCAACAUUUCAGGUCAGCGAUCUUUCAUCAGAACUGGGCUUACCAUCCCUUUCUUUCCAUCAUAAAACUUGUUAUAUCUCCAACUUCUUCCAGUUCUGUUGAAAAAUCCCAACUCUGACAUGUUAACUAUCCUGUGCAACUACUGUCUGACCUGUGGUUUUCCAGCAUCUUCUGUCUUUAUUUCAGAUGUUUUGCAAUAUUUUGCUUUUUUUUAAAAAAAGCAUUUAUUAAACUGUUGUGAAUUGGGGUAAUUUUCCUGUAAGCAUGCAUGCUCUGUCUUUAUUUGCCCUCAUCAAUGUUUAAAAUAUAUGUGUAUGUCUCUCUCUGUGACAUAAUCCAGAGCUUCUUCCCCAGUGAAUUUAACAGGUAAUAAAAUGGCUAGGAUAAAAACAGCCCUAGUCCUGAUUUUGCCUCCAAAGGACAGACUGCCUUCUGAUGAAGAGCUCUCCCUAUCCUCCUCCUCCUCAUCAUCCAGGAAAGCGCAGAGCAUUGUGAAGCGAGGACAUUUUCGGCCCAUUUGGUUCUUGCUGAUAGGUAUUUAUGUCCUCAGGUUUGUGCGUCUGUUAAAACUGCUUUUUGCAGAUGAAAUAUUGUCCAGCAAGCGUGUCUUUGACAGCUAGCAGACCGAUGUGAUUGACUGAAACGUGCACGGUACGACUGCCGGGGUCACUUACACGACCUCUCAGAAUGUGACGCUGAGUACACUUGGAACAGAGAUUAUCAGUUGUCAGAGGAAGAGGCGAGGAUUGAGGCCCUUUGCGAUGAGGAGAGAGGAGGAAUACAGGCGUCUGAGUGAGGCCUUAGCAGAGGAUGGCAUCUAUAAUGCGGUUGGAUUUGCUUAUAACAGUGAUUACUAUGAUCCAUCACAGCCGACAGAAGAGGAGGAACUUGCUAAAACAGAUGCUGAGAAUGAUAAUACAGAAGAGAACGAGGAGCCAUACACAGCUCCUGCUGGGCUGCUUGUCCCUUCUGAUGUAGAAGUUCCUGGAACUUCAAAAAUGCAUGCCAUCAUUGAACGCACAGCAAAGUUUGUAUGUAAGCAGGGAACGCCGUUUGAGAUCAUGCUGAAAGCUAAGCAAGCCCGGAAUUCUCAGUUUGACUUUCUACGCUUCGAUCACUACCUGAAUCCGUACUAUAAGUACAUCCUCAAGACCAUGAAGGAAGGGAAAUAUGUUGCACAGACAGAAAAAAAAGUGGAGGAAAAACGGAAAUCUGUAACGGAAUCUGGUGAAGAAGAUGAUGAUGACAACGAUGGCUCUUACCUCCAUCCGAGUCUUUUUGCUUCCAAAAGUAACUCCAGACUGGAAGAGUUAACGAAGCCUCUGAAGGUCAUGGAUCCAGACCAUCCGCUUGCAGCUUUGGUUCGGAAGGUGCAAGCUGAUGCCAAAAAUGAGCAGAAGCAGCUGGAAUCUAACAGCUCCGAGACAGUAGCGACUGUAGAAGGCACUUCAGAUUCGUCAGUGACAACCAUGUAUUAUGGAUAUUACAUGAUGCCUGAUGGUACAUAUUGCCUCACACCACCACCACCCGGAAUAGAUGCUGCUGCUUAUUAUAGCAGCUUACCUUCAGAGAUGGCUACACCAACUACGGCAGGGGCAUCGGCAACUUCAGCAUCUGCAACCACACCACCACCACCUCCGGAAGGGGAUAGCAAUAAUAUUCAGGGCACUUCUACCGCAACCACAAUCAGUGCUGCAACUGUGGUUCCAGUUAUUAUCCCUCCUCCCCCUGACAUCCAACCAGUUAUCGACAAACUGGCAGAGUACGUCGCCAGGAAUGGAACAAAGUUCGAAUCUAGCGUCAGAGACAAGAAUGAUACAAGGUUUGAGUUUCUGCAGCCCUGGCAUCAGUACAAUGCUUACUAUGAGUUCAAAAAGCAAUACUUCUCUCAAAAAGAAGGCUACAGUAUCCAGCAGGAGGCUCCAGCACAAAGUACUGUCGCGUUGUGCUCUGAAAGCAGUACUUCAGAGGCCAUGCAAUUUGAGGUUCAGCAGGAAGGAACCAGUGCAAUUGUCUCCACUGCAAUGAUCUCACAAGCAGACUGUGCCAGUUCUGCUGAUAAAUCUGUAAAUGAUGGAAAACUAAUAAAAGCAUCUUUUGCGCCGAUAAGUUUUGCGAUUAAGGCAAAAGAAAACGAUAUGCUCCCGUUGGAGAAAAAGCGAGUUAAACUGGAUGAUGAUAGUGAUGAAGACCAAGACGUACAGGAAGCUGUCAACAAUGAAUCCAGCAAAGAUGUCCCUCCCUCCCUCCCUCCUGAGGAAAAGAAACCUCAACUUACAGCAGAGGAAAUAGAGGCAAAACAAGCUAAACAGAAACUGGAGGACAGACUGGCAGCAGCUGCAAGGGAGAAGCUCGCACAGGCUUCAAAAGAAUGCAAGGAGAGGCAGCUGCAGGCGGAGCGCAAAAAGAAAGCUGCACUUUUCUUGCAAACCUUGAAAACCCCCAUGCCUUCCGGAGAAAUGGAAACUGCAGCCACUGAAGAAACCUCCCAGAGCAUACAGGUCACUAGUGAAAUUUCUUACAACAUUGUUCCAGCAACUGAAGUGAAAGUGUCACGUCACAUCUCAGUGAAAAGCGAAAGAAUUUCAAAGGAGAAAGAAAAAGAGAAGAAGAAAGAGAAAAAGCACAGAAAGAGGUCCCGGUCACGAUCUCGGUCACGUCCCAGAUAUCGCCUGAAAUCAAGAUCCAGAUCAAGAUCUAGAUCAAGGUCAAGGUCGCGGUCAAAAGCAAAGCAUUCUCUGCCCAGUGCAUACAGAAGUGUUCGACAUUCGAGAUCAAGGUCGCCUCAUGGGAGAAGAGUUCAGUCAUCAGAAAGACGACGCGAGGAGAGAGAGAGGGACAGGAAUGUACCCACAGCCUAUCGUGUUGGUAACAGCUCCGAUAUAGGUGGCAGAAAGCGAUCACGGUCACCAUACGAAAAGAAGAAGAAAAAGAGUUCUAAAUCUCACCCCAAGUUAAAAGAAAAACCUUUACGUUCACGCUCACGGUCUUUAUCACCAAAAAAGUCGAGUAUGAAGUCUUCCGCGAGAAGUUCAGCGCACUCUACUAGCUUGUCACCAGCAGAAAGCAGAGAUUCCAGUCAGGAUCAUUCAAGGGGUGGCUCACAGGAAAAAGAUGAAACAGCAUCUCCAGAACUUCUGUCAACAGUGCAGAGCAAAAUAACUCAGGAUCUAAUGGCCAAAGUGCGAGCAAUGCUGGCUGCUUCAAAAGAUGUAUAGACCCAUCUUUCCUGGAGGAACAGCUAUCAGUGGACCCUACAGCACCACAGAGAUCCGAAGUGGCUUCCCGCAGUUUCAGCUGCCUCGUUGCAGAAGAACUAACUGAUUUAGACAAUUUGGGCAGUAUUUCCACUUUGGCACAAACUUUUGUACGGCUCCUUUUGAUAAGUACAGUUUGAACCAAGAUCUUAUUCUGUUCUGUUGCCGUUUCGCAGUUUCCCCUCUCCUGUUCUUGAACACAAUGAUAAUGUGCUUUAAGGCGUUGGAAGCCCGCUGUGUCUCUGAAAGCACGGGGCUGCCCUUUGAGCGUUAAGAUCUAGCUGCCUCUGGUCACUUGUGAGAACCAGACAGGAGCUCAGCGUGUCCUUCUGUGAAGGAGUUCUACUAUUUGAUUUCUCAAUGAGGUUACAUCCCACUUUGUACAUUUAAGGGAGGUCAAAAGGCAUAAAUCUUGGAUGACAGAUGUCUGGGGUUUUAAACUUGGAGCAAUUUGUACAGGCAAGUCUACGAAGACCGGUGGAAGUACAGCAGAACGUAGUAUCCGCAUUACUUAUGAUGUAUUGUGUAUCAACCAUUUUGAGAAAACUUUGCAUUUAUUUAAACACCAUCUAUAAAUUUACUUUGAUCUCCUGCCCUGAAAAUUGAAGGGAAUUGGCUCUGGUAACGUUUUCAACUACAGACGCAAAAAAAAAACGAUUGAAAUAUUAAAGAUAAUUUAUUUGUUUAGAA